CUACAAGUUCUCUAAUGUUUCAGAUAUGCCAAGUAGGGGAUAACACACAAAGACGCCGAAGUUUUUAAAGUGAACAAAACGGUUCAUGCAGCCGGCAGCGCGGGAACAAUCAGCGGAGUAGAUGUGAGGGUAAAGUUUGGAAAUAAAAUAAUCUAGCUGAACAAUUAUGGAUCCCUCGGAGGUAGAGUUCCUUGCCGAGAAAGAGAUGGUGACUAUAAUACCAAAUUUCAGUCUAGACAAGAUCUAUCUGAUCGGGGGUGACCUGGGCCCCUUCAACCCUGGACUGCCAGUUGAUGUUCCUGUGUGGCUGGCCCUUAACCUGAAACAGAGACAGAAAUGUAGAAUUGUUCCUCCUGCAUGGAUGGAUGUUGAGAAACUGGAGGAGAUGCGAGAGCUUGAGAGGAAAGAGGAAGCCUUUACGUCUGUUCCCAGUCCUUACUACAUGGAGCUGACCAAACUGCUACUGAACUAUGCGUCUGACAACAUUCCUAAAGCCGAUGAGAUCCGCACGCUGGUCAAAGACAUCUGGGACACGCGUAUUGCCAAACUCCGCCUCUCUGCUGACCGCUUCAUAAACCAGCUGGAGGCUCACGCCAAGCUCGACAACCUGACUCUGAUGGAGAUCAACACCAUACGAUCGUUCCUUCUUGACUCUCUCAACUGCAUGUACAAACUACGUUCCAAUAUGCAGCCUGGUUCGAGUAAGACCCAGUUCAUGGACUAUUGAUCCACAACAUUAGGGCCUGCUGAACAGGUUUGGACCAAUAAUUUGGGAAGAGUAGGGCUAAAGCCUUGGACUUCAUUACUCAAAAGACUGUUUUCUCAGAAAUUGAGUCCGCAAGAUUGAUGUGAAUGGUGGAUUGAAGCAAACGGAGUUUUACUCUUUUUUUUUUUUUUUUUUAGGGAGACAUGCGGUGAUCUGUACAUAUUAAAAGCAUGUAGGCUUUAUAUGUUCCUGCUGUUGGAAACGUGCAUAUUUAAUUUAGGAUGCUCACUUCACUGUAGUUUAAAAUUGCAACCAUUGUUUGUCUCAAUCAGUUACAAAAUAAAUGUAUUUGUGUGUAUGUCUAGGAUAUACAACUAUACUUUUUUUUUUUUUUUUUCCUCCCCUCUUUAAUUUUAGAUUUUAAAUAAUUGUGUCAAAUAAUCAUUAUUAUGUUGGUAGCCCAUUUGUGUAAUACUUCCUCUGCAUAUUUUACAGCGUUCUAUAUGUAGUGUUUUGCAGAGGUUCGCCUGCAAAAUUCUGGUAGAAGCCCUACAGUAAACAUGAGAAUGCUUGUUAUAUAGCUGAAACUUAAGACAACAAUUUUUAUAAAUAAUUCAUUGAUAGACUGAAGCAAAACUGGUGAUUGGUGAGCUGUCAGUUUCAGCUUCUCAUUUUUAUGUGUAAACUAAACUGGAAUUCUUUGGGUUUUGAUCUGUUGACCGGAGCAAACAUUUAUAUAAAUCAAUGUAGGCUCUCAUCUUUCACUUUUUUUAUUUUAUUUUAUUUUUUACAUUUUAUAGAGAAAUUAAUCAAAAAUAAUGUGAAUAAUGAAGAUAACUGACAGUUAUUUUUCCAGCAACACCUGUUUGGGUCAAUUUUAGGAUGACAGAAAUGGCGACCUAGUAGUAUAAGAUUCCAAGUGUAUCAUAAAGGGCAGUCUGCUGUAUUAAUAAAAAUACAGAAACAAU